GUCCCUACCCAGCUCCCUUCUGUCCAAGAGCCCAGAGCAAGGAGCUGCUAAUCUCCCAUCUCCAAGGGGCCCUGGGCUGCUGAGAGACAUGAUUUAAAGUGCCACUGCAAACCAACCAUGGGCCCCGUCCCAGGCUGUAACUACUGUCUUUGGGAAGCAAACAGAUUCUACAGUCACCUUCUGAGCCAGGAACUGCAGGACUGCCCGUUCCAAGACCCGCUGUGAUCCCAGACAGAACAAGGAGAAGAGCUGCGGGUCCCCGAUAUGCAAGGCCGUGAGACGAUGGUGAACGGUGCCCACACAGGUGAGGAGUAAGCAGCUUGCACCGAGCCCAAAGCUCAGUGAACGGAGAAUUGUGGAAUUCCACCCAAGCUGUUGCAAGACCUCACCAUUAUGUCAUCCUGCCUCCUUCACUGCAGUAACCAUAUCCUAGACAUUCAGGGCUUCCCACCCGUCCAAACUGAUAUGAAACAGGGGUUCUUCCCCUCGCCCAUCCUUUAUCUCUGGCUCAGGUGGGACUUUGAGGCAGCAUAAGUCCCCCUCCCGGCGAAGGGUUCUUGUGGAGUUUAGUUCUGGUGACUUUUAAUAUUCAUGACAAGCCCCACUGCCCUUCCUACUCCUGAGGGUCUCUUUCUCCCCAGCGCAGGGAGCAAAUCAUGGCUGGAUUCCCUUUUCAUUCCAGCAGGUGAUGGGAUGCCGAGAAAGAAUGAGGAGCAGAAGCCCCUGCAUGAAGCGCCUGAUGUGGUGGAGCCUCCCGUGACUUUACCCACAAGAUCCCAGAGCCCCGAGUGGGGAGGAGCCCGUGAGACUCGGUGUGGAUCAGAAAAGCGGCGGAGGAACCCGCCAGCACAGAGCCGGGGUAAAUCUGCUCAGGUGGGUGAUGGCCUCACCCACCAGGAGAGACCAAAUACGUGCACGGACUGCGGGAAGAGCUUCAACAAGAGCUCGUCUCUGAUUAUCCAUCAGAGAACCCACACGGGGGAGCGGCCCUAUGCCUGCCCCGAGUGCGGGAAACGCUUCACCCAGAGCUCCACCUUCCUGCGGCACCAGCGGAUCCACACUGGCGAGCGGCCCUACGACUGCGCCGAGUGCGGAAAGAGCUUCCGGGUCAGCUCUCACCUGGUCCGGCACCAGCGGAUCCACACGGGCGAGCGGCCUUACGUGUGCGCUGAAUGCGGGCGGAGCUUCAGCGUCAGCUCCCACCUGGUGCAGCACCAGCGGACGCACACGGGCGAGCGGCCCUACCGCUGCGCAUGCGGGAAGAGCUUCAGCCUGAGUUCCCACCUCAUGCAGCACUGGACCAUCCACACGGGCGAGCGGCCCUACCAGUGCGCCCAAUGUGGGAGGAGCUUCUCCAUGAGCUCCGCCCUCAUCAGGCACCAGAGACUCCACGCGGCGGACGCGCCCCGCCAGUGCACCCAGUGUGGGAAAAGCUUCAGCCGCGGCUCGGAGCUGAGCGAGCACCAGAAGAUCCACACGGGGGAGCGGCAGCACGAGUGCGCCCAGUGCGGGAGGAGCUUCGGCGCAAGGUCCAAUCUCCUCCAGCAUCAGCGGACCCACGCGGGCGAGAGGCCCUACACCUGUGCCCACUGUGGGCGGAGCUUCAGUCGGAGCUCAAACCUUAUUACACACCAGAGAAUCCACACAGUCUAAGAGCCCGACCCAUGUGAAAACCAUGGGCCGACAGCUACAGGCCACAUCCCAUCCAAGACACGGGCAUCUCCUCCUUUUGGGGCAUGUGGAGCUCUUUCCCACUCAUGUGCUGCUCUUGGGAUGCGGUGGGGUGAGGAGACAAUGAGGAGAUGCUGUGGGAAGGGAUCGUUUGGGAUGCAAGGUGAUGGGAACCAGGAAAGGAGGCAGAAGUGGGUGUUGUUGGUGAGUCAUGAUGGUUUGAGUUGGGUGAGUGAACGGAGCGGGGUUCCCAGGUAACUCUGGGCCUGUUUGAGUGUCAGUGAAUUUCCAUAUUUACAUUCUCUUUUUUCCUUUUUAUUAGCUGGCAAAUCUUUUUUUCAUUUGGGUUGCCUUGGGAAUCCUGAGCCGUGCACGUCUUGGCCUGGGGCAGGGAGUGAGCUGGUCAAAGAAGGGGUGUUCUGAGAUGCCCUCCAAUUAAGGAAAGUUUGGAGUGUUAAAAGGAGUGGACAAGUAAACACAUCAGAGGCUAAAUGCAUGUGAAACCGGGUAAUCUAAAUGGCAGAGCUGGUUGAAAACCAACAAACUGAUUUUGCAGGCGGGGGGGAAGUCAAAACUAACACCAGGGCAGCUGUAUUGAUACUGAUGUUCAUUUUCAUACCAAAAUCAUAAAAGCCUCCAUUCUUCAUUUAAAUGAAACUGCCACCAAAUUUCUAGUCUGCUGCAACAGAGCACUGCAGAAUCCAGAGACUUUGCUGCAAGAUUUAGGUUCAGCUGCUGCAGGGACUUGGAUAUGAAAUAUCCAUAUAGGCGUUUUCAACCGGAGUUUGGCUAUAUAGCGAUGUCAAAUUAAAAUGGCCAAAUUAAAUAAAAACCCUCCCAUUUCUCUCUUGGGAUCACUGCUGCACCCAGUUAGUACCAUGCAGACUGCAUACUAACGUAUAUAGUCCCGCUGACUUCAAUGUGAGCAGGUACUAUGCUUGAUAAGCGUUGGCAUGACUGGGCCCUUAUUUGGUAUGAGUUUCCCUUGUGCUUGUACAGAAUGCAUGUUCUCCAUCCGGUUUCAUGUAACAGUGUUUCCAAAAGUUAAUAAUAUGUUUGACCAUCGAAAACACAACAUAA